UGCUGUGUAUGGCGCCAUCCACACAACGCGUGGGCUGUGUUUAGAGUGACUGCACGACUGUGUUCAUCGGCUUUGACAUAUUUGCUUAAGGCUCUUCUAAUGGAUAUCCAGAGCGCCAGCUCGGUGGUGCUGCAGGCUUUGACCCAGGCCACUAGUCAGGACACAGCUGUGCUGAAGCCAGCCGAGGAACAGCUUCGCCAGUGGGAGACCCAGCCUGGUUUCUACUCCGUGCUUCUGAGCAUCUUCAAUAAUCACUUGUUGGACGUCAACGUGAGAUGGCUAGCUGUCCUUUAUUUCAAGAACGGUAUCGAUCGCUACUGGCGACGAGUCGCACCUCACGCCCUGUCAGAGGAAGAGAAGUCAUCUCUCCGCGCAGGUCUCAUCACCAAUUUUAAUGAACCAGUCAACCAGAUCGCCACACAGAUAGCGGUGCUGAUCGCUAAAGUGGCACGGCUGGACUGUCCACGGCAGUGGCCCGAGCUGAUCCCUAUUUUGCUGGACUCUGUGAAGAUUCAGGACAGCCUCCAGCAGCACAGAGCACUUCUUACCUUCUACCACGUCACCAAAACAUUGGCCUCAAAACGGCUCGCUGCGGACAGGAGACUCUUUCAGGACUUGGCGUCAAGCAUCUAUAGCUUUGCGUGUUCUCUGUGGAAUCAUCAUACAGACACAUUCCUACAGCAGAUCUAUGCUGGAGACCAACAGACUGCUCUCAGCUCCCUGGAGCGUACUCUCCUCUCUCUGAAAGUUCUUCGAAAGUUGACUGUGCAUGGAUUUACUGAGCCAAAUAACAACAUGGAAUGCAUGGGCUUCCUCAAUGCUGUGUUUGAGAGACUAAAACAGUUUUUGGAAUGCUGUCGGCAAGUUGGACAAGGCAGCCUUUGCAGGGAGAAGCUUGAGAAGACCAUCAUACUGUACACCAAAGUUCUGCUGGAUUUCCUGGAAUAUCACCCGUGCCCUUUCAUACCUCUCAUUCAGCGCUCGCUGGAGUUCGCCGUUGGCUACGUGUUCACAGAGGCCGGGGAGGGGGUCGUUUUCGAGCGCUUUAUCGUGCAGUGCAUGAACCUCAUCAAGAUGAUCGUCAAAAAUGAUGCCUACAAACCUGCCAAGAACAUUGAGGAUAGUAAGCCGGAGAGCCUGGAGGCUUAUAAAAUUAAGACUGCGUUCUUCACGCACCAGACACUGACAGAGAUCGGCAGGAGACUGGUUUCAAAGUACUUUUUGCUGACGGAGGAAGAGCUGACCAUGUGGGAAGAAGACCCCGAGAGUUUUGCCGUUGAAGAGACGGGAGGUGACUCGUGGAAGUACAGUUUGCGGCCAUGCACAGAAGUGUUGUUCCUGGACAUUUUCCACAACUACUGCCAAACUUUGACCCCAGUGCUACUGGAAAUGGUGCAGAAUCUUCAAGGUCCCAGUAAUGUGGAGGAACCGGUACAGAUGCUCAUGAAGGAUGCAGUAUACAACGCUGUGGGGCUUGCGGCGUAUGAAUUGUUUGACAAUGUGGACUUUGAUCAGUGGUUUAAGAACCAACUCCUUGGAGAGCUUCAAGUCAGCCACAACAGGUACAAGUUGCUCAGAAGACGGGUCAUCUGGCUGAUUGGACAGUGGAUCUCGGUGAAGUUCAAACCGGAGCUGCGGCCCCUCCUCUAUGAGGUCAUUCUCAGUCUCAUGCAGGACCCCGACCUUGUGGUUCGGAUCGAAACCGCCACAACACUAAAGCUGGCCGUUGAUGACUUCGAAUUCAGAACUGAACAGUUCUUACCGUACUUGGAGUCCAUAUUCAGCCUGUUGUUUCAACUGCUACAGCAGGUCAACGAAUGCGACACUAAAAUGCAAGUGCUGCACGUUAUCUCCUGCGUCAUUGAGAGAGUCAGCAUUCAGAUCCGACCGUAUGUGGGCUGCUUGGUUCAGUACCUUCCUCUUCUUUGGAAGCAGUCAGAAGAACACAACAUGCUCCGCUGUGCCAUCCUCACCACCCUCAUCCACCUCGUACAGGGCCUGGGAGCGGAAAGCAAGAAUCUGUAUCCCUUCCUUCUACCUGUUAUCCAGCUGAGCACAGAUGUUUCACAGCCCCCUCAUGUUUACCUGCUGGAAGAUGGGCUUGAACUCUGGUUGGUGACAUUGGAGAACAGCCCUGCCAUUACUCCAGAGCUUCUCAGAAUCUAGAACAUGUCCGCCCUACUUGAACUGAGCUCGGAGAAUGUGAGAACCUGCUUUCAGAUCAUCACUGCCUACAUUUAUCUCUCGGCAACAGAUUUCUUGCAGAAUUAUGCCGAAGCCCUCUGCAGAUCUUUCUGUGAACUGCUAAAAGACAUCUCAUCAGAUGGACAAGUCCAGGUUUUGAAGGUUGUUGAAAUUGCCAUUAAAGUAAGUCCUUUACUUGGCUCCCAUAUGUUUCUGCCUCUUCUGCCGUCUGUGAUAAGAGGAAUUGUUGAAGGCGAAAGAUACCCGGUGGUCAUGUCUACACACCUGGGGGUGACGGGUCGCAUUCUCCUGCAGAAUUCAGGCUUUUUCACUUCCCUUCUCACACAGAUGGCUGCAGAAUUCAACCAGGAGGCAGACCAGCUCUUAGGAAACAUGAUUGAAAUGUGGGUAGACCGCAUGGACAACAUCACCCAGCCCGAGAGGAGGAAGCUUUCUGCUCUGGCUCUCCUGUCACUUUUACCGUCUGAAAACAGCGUCAUCCAGGACAAGUUCUGCGGGAUUGUUAACAUCAGCGUGGAGGCGCUGCACGAUGUUAUGACAGAAGACCCAGAGAGCAGUACCUUUAAAGAUUGCAUGCUGAUGAACCAUUUUGAAGAGCCGAAGCUGACGGACGAUGAAGAGCCUCCGACGGAACAGGACAAAAGGAAAAGAAUGCUGGCCCUUGAGGACCCUGUUCACAGCGUCUCCCUUCAGCAGUUUGUCUACGAGAAGCUCAAAGCCCAGCAGAUGAUGAUAGGAGAUCAGGCCUUCCAGGCGCUCAUGGAAACGGUGGACACAGAGAUCGUCCGACAGCUCCAGGAGUUUCUCCAGGGCAUGUGAGGAGACCACAGCGGACUAUUAAAAGACCAGAGACGCCAACCAUCUGAUCCAGAAAAGAGCUUCCAUAUUUUUAAACACUUUGUUUUGCUUUCUCAAAGACACAUUCACAGUUUGAGAUGAUGCAGAGACUGACAGAAAAAAACAGACAGAGCUGUUCUGAUGCCAAGGUUUUGUAGUGAGAAAUGAGCUCUAAAACUGAGUUUUUAAAGCAGUGAAGGAUGAGAAGUCAUUUUUGUAUUUAUGUACAACGCAUGACCGCGUUCUCACUUCCCCCCAAGUGUAGUUUUUCCUCAUUCUGCUUUCAGAUCAGUAUAUCGGAACUACUGAGAACGUUUUUUUGUUUUUUCUUGACUGGAAGAUAUUUUCGUAUCUAUUGAUGUAAUAACUGUAUGUUUACCCGUGAUAACUCUGUUGCUGCUAAUGCUCCUACACUGCACCUCUCUUGUGAGGUCAUAAGGAAGCCAUGAAAACCAAAAACAUCAGUUUAAUGAAACAAAUCUAUAUUAUCACAUACAGUGCAAACGUAUGAAAAAAAAAUCAGUGAUGAUUCUCAGUUUAGUAGAGGUUUUUUUAUGCAAAAAAAAAGGGCACAUACAUUUACAAAGGCGAUUUUGGUUUGUGGGUUUGGAAGCGCAGUCAUACAGUAGAGCAACUUUCACUGUGACUGAGUUUUCAGAGUCAGAAGUAAAAGCCUUAUGCUUACAGUAAGCCUUGCAGUAAUUCACCUGCUAAUGUGUCAUAUCUGUAUUAACAUCCUUUAAGACAUCAAAACUUAUUUCACUCAGUAGAUUUAUUUUCAUGUAUGAACCCUAUUUUUUCAUUGAUGCCGCUUCAAUAAAGUUCAGUCCAGACUGACAUGCUUCGCUCACUUUGUAAGCUUGCUCGUUCAAGCCGUUUUCUGAAUGGUUGCAAUGACCUCAAGAGCUAAAGGGAGUCCAGGAUGUUUGGCAAGAUAGUCAAAAUACUUUGGAAAAAGUCUUUCAUUGCACAAUUAAGUAAGUAUAAAUGAAAGCGUUUCAUAUGUUGUGGGUUGAAUUGGAUUUAGAAUUGGUUAAUAGUAUGAAUAGGUUUGGCACGGCAGCUUUCAACAAGUUCCCAAUCGUAAACAAAGCUCACACACUCCUGCUGAUAUUCAUCAGAGACAGUCCCCGGUGGCGAAAUGUGUGAAUCACUCUCAAUUAAAUGUGGCAUUUGUUGAAUUACUAUUAUUAUUAUCCCACUUCUGCUUAAAAUCAUCCUACAGGAUGUAAAGAACAUUCUGUGAAAAUAUAACCUUGACCUCUAUAAUAUUGGCUGAGUUAAGGUCAUGUCAGAAUUGAAGUCAUAGUGAAAGUAAUAGUUGAAAUCAAACUUUGAUGCUUGUUAUUUCAGAAUUUGAUUGAGAAUUUAGCCUGCGCUGGUACAAAAAACGAAUUUUAAAUGAAAAUGUUUACAUAUUUUGGAGAUGCGAUAAAAAUGUCAAAUUACAGAAAUGGACUGCAAAUUGCAAAUUUAAUUGUACUAAAUAAGAAAUGUUAUUUAUGUCUUUAUGCUGCCGGAAUAUAAUCUUUUUUUUUUCAAAAUGUGGAUUUUCCAGACAGGAGUACAAAUAGCACUUUGAAUGCAACUUAAAUUAUGAUUUAAGCAUACAAUUUAGCUGAAAUUUUUAUCACAAAGCCCGCACACAUUUCUAUUAUUUUUGUCCUUGUUCGCUUGAAUUUCUAUUAAAAUGUUGACAUCA